AGGAGAGAUAUAACAACUGAACGCUUCAGAGGAAGCGAGUACGACAAGCUGCUAAGCAUUGCAUACCACUAAACAGACUGCAGAGACAGAAGAAGGAAGGAGAAGGAGAAAGCAGGGGCGACACGAUGAGCGGCGUGAAAGCGGUGGCGCUCAUCAUCGGCGACGCCAGCGUCAGGGGCUCCCUGCAGUUCCUACAGCAGCCCAACGGGGCGACGCACGUGAAAGGGAGGAUCAGCGGGCUCUCGCCGGGCCUCCACGGCUUCCACAUCCACGCCCUCGGCGACACCACCAACGGCUGCAACUCCACCGGACCGCAUUUCAAUCCGCUGAAGAAAAACCACGGAGCUCCCGCCGACAGCGAGCGUCACGCCGGUGAUUUGGGCAACAUCGUGGCCGGCCCAGAUGGAGUUGCUGAGGUUUCUAUCGUGGAUGUGCAGAUCCCCCUAACUGGCCAGCACUCGAUAUUGGGGAGGGCUGUUGUUGUCCACGCCGAUCCUGAUGACCUUGGCAAAGGUGGGCAUGAACUUAGCAAGACGACUGGGAACGCAGGUGCAAGAGUCGGAUGCGGCAUCAUCGGGCUCCAGUCAUCGGUGUAGAAUUUACCACAUGAACUCGAGAGUGUACAUUUCACGCAUCUUCUAAGAGCACAUAUAUAAAAUGAUUAGCCAACGCAAGAAUGUGUUGGGCUAAGGGGCUUAGUACGUUGCUGGCAUGGAGGAUAAUCCAAGCUCACAGAGGAGUUAAGUCGGAGAAGCAAAAAACUUAAUUGUAUCUGAGACAUCGAGUAGGGAUCAUGUAUCGAUGACUUGGAUUGCUUUCACUUGGCACUUACUAAAAGCUGUUCCCUCUCUAUUUCUUCA